AUGAAAUCUUUUGAAUUAUCCUACCAAAAUUCAUAUGACUCUCCAAACCAUCCCACAUCAUCACGAAAAACCACCAUUAUGUCUCUCUCCCAAGCCAUCAUAAAAUCCUCCCAUCUGGCAGAUAGUAAAAGAAUCCAACUUCCCAACAAAAACAUAAAGCAAAUUGAUCUUCUUAAUCCUAUGUACCAUAGCAUCACCUACUUAAACCUCGCCGAUAACUACAUAUCUGACAUCUCAUAUUUAACGCAAUUUUACUCUUUGAAAAUUUUGAAUUUGUCAAACAACAAUAUUGAUCGCAUAGAAUCGCUUGAAGUUUUCGAAAAACUCCCACAGAUAGAAGAACUUGACCUUUCAGUGAACCCAAUUUGCUCAAUUCCUAUAUACAAGCACCAUUUGAUUUAUUAUUUGCCUUGCCUAGAAAAUUUAGAUUUAGAAGAAAUCCAGCCAGAAGACCGACAGUUGGCUGAUAAGAUUAUAAAGAAGCAAGAAGGACUGACGAAUAUUAUCAUGAAUAAUGAAGAAAUCAUUAUUAAGCUCGACAAUUUGAAGAAAAAAUUAAGGAUGCAUAGGCAGAUGAUUAUAAAUCAGUUUUUGACUGAUUAUAGAGGGGUUGAUGUAGGGCUUUUUGUGUCGACAUUGCAGCUGCAGCUGCCUGAGGAAUUUAGGUCUGAUGUAAAAAUAUGGGUGAUUGCAAAAGUUAAUGAAAUCUUAGAUGGAAUGCCUGCAGAAAGCAAAGAUUGGGAUUGGGCUUGAAGUGAAUGCUUGGUGCUCCAAAAAGAUAAAAUAGUGAAGCUUACAGAUUUUUGUGAAGAACUUGCAAAAGAAUGCUUAAAUCUAUUCCAAGGAAGAAACCCGCAAAAGCAGCAGGAUUAUUUGCAAGGCUCUUUUGUAUUAUCGACUGAAGACAAAUCAUCAUCAUUUACUAGACCAUUAGAUUUUGUCAGCACAUUUAGUGGAAACCAAAGAAGCACGCCUAAUACUUCUGAUUUUUUCCAGCUGAAUACUUCAGGCCAUGAAUAUAAUAUUAUUGAUGAAGAAACUCACAAAAUUGUAAUCCAAAGAAAAAACAGCAGAGAAAAAAACGAAGCAUUAAUGCUGCCUAUCGCGCAAAAUGGUGAGCUUGAUGACCAUCUUGAAUAUAUAAAAUGCAAAAGCUCUGACACAAAUGCUAUGCAAAUUACAAUUAGAGAAGGAUUAAAUAUAGUUACAGACAGAUUUAAAAGAAAUCAACUAUUGAGAACUAUUUUUACAAAAUUUGCUAUGAGAACCCAAAGACAAAAAAAAAUAAGAACUUGGACUAGCAAAAAGAAAAAUAAAAAAAUUUAUGAUUUAAAGAAAAAGAUUUUUUAUUCGCUUAAAUGAUUUAGUAAGACAGAGUUUCUAAUAAGAGAUGUUCGAGAAAAAAAAGCAUUUUUGUACUUUGAAGCUUGCUUUAAAUCAUGAAGAAUAUUCACAGGAAAAGAGUUGCUUAUUAGAGAUAUGCAGGACCAAAGAAAUUAUAGGCUAAAGCAUAAGAUUUUUCAGAGGAUGAUUAUGUAUCCAUUAAUGAACAGAAAAACACUUUUGAAAAAGCAACGGGCAAUUGUAAAUCAUUCUCAUUUUAUAGGCUUGAAAAUUCUGAAAGAAUGAAGUUUAUAUGCAAAAAAUAAUCACCAAAAAGAAUCAUUUGAUACAGUGUCUAUGACAAGCAAUCAUUAUAAGAAAAUAUUGAAAAAAAGAGCUAUGCAUGCUUGGUGUGCAUGGCAUUUUGCAAUCGCUAUUCCAAAAAAAGAAAAAAUAUGUAUAGCUGAUGCAAUUUAUGAUCAAAAUACUAGUAUUAGAGGGCUGAAAUUGCUGAAAAAUAAUGUGAGAUUAAGACAUGAGCAAACAAAAAAUGCCUUGGAUUUUGCCGACAAGCGAAUUUCAAGAGUCAGCAAAAAAUGUCUUCAAAAUUGAAAAAAUUGCUGCAAAAAAAAUAAUUCGCUUGCCUUAUCUGACCUUGAUGCAAGUGAUAAAUUCUCAAUGAAAAAUUAUAUACAAAGGAAAAGGACACCUCUAAAGUCAAAUAUUGAUAAAGAAAAGGUAAAAGCGCUUCAAAACAAAUUGAUUAAGGUUCACAUGAAAAGCAAGGGCUGAAAAUUAAAAUCAAAGAUAUUUAGCACAUGAAAAACAAUAAUAAAGAAUAAAAAUGCUAACUCACCCCUCCGUGAGUGAAUAACAAAAUUUUGUUCGCUCAUAGAUGGGGUUAAUUUUUUUCGCGAAAUUUAAAAAAAUCCCAAUUGGCAAAAAUUGGAAAGCAAAUAUUUAUUUAAUUUGUAAAAUUUAUGUUUUAAAAUGCAAUUUGUUCAAAAUUAAACAGAAUUAGCUCGAGAUUUCAUUAUACUAAUUACAAUUUAUAUAUCAAUUUUUUUCCAAAAAAUUUUUGUUCGCUCACGGAGGGUGGGCUUUUGGGCAAAAAAUAGCGAUUUUUUUAAUGGGUUUGUUCGCUCACGGGUGGGGAAGUAAAGAGAAGAUAACAGGCUUUAUGCUUAAAAAAUACCAAAAAGCAAUAUUUUUUUACAAAUGGCUUAGCACGCCUUCCAGAAACUCAAAUUCUCUAUCCCAGACAUCUUUAACCCAAAGAGAGCAAAACAUUAGUCACAAGCUCAACAAAAUGGAGCUUUCAGUCCAAAAAGCAAGAAAAGACCUUUCAAAAUAUCAAGAUUAUGACCCAUCUGAUUGGCUAAGUGAAGUUAAAAAGUUAAAAUCAUGCUUAAACUCAAAACAAAUCGAACUUCAGGAUUUAGAAGUAAGCCUGAGAAUGAAUAAAACUAGCCAUCGAGAUGAUGUAUUAGAAACAGAGGAAAAAGAGGAAAAAGAGGAAAGCUAUAGAAAUGAAGCCAAAAAAAUUUCAACUGAUUCUAAUAAGCUAAAUAAGCCAAAAGAUCGAGCUCUUAAUAAGAAAGAUCUAAAUUUCCCUGUAAAUUGAAACAAGAUAUCGUCCUUUAAAUUUCUUUUUCAUUAGGAAAACUUUAUCAGAUGGGAAGUACUAAUUUUAUAAAAUUAGUUUUUGCCUAAUUUAAUAGACAGAAUGAAAGUAGAAUGCUAUUUAAACAGUUCUCACACUGAAUCGAUUAGCUUUUUGGCAUAAAAAUAAAUUAAAAUUCAAAUUAUUGUGCUCAAUUUAUAUUUUUUUUAAAAAAAAAUAAAAGUUGAAAAUACAAAUUUUUAUUGACUUAAUUUAAAGACAAAAAUCAAUUAAGAUGCUAUUUACACAUUUUUUACUCUGGAUAAAUUAAUCUUUUAUUUAAAUUCUUCAUAAAAAUGUUUUAAAAUUCAAAUUAUUAUGCUCAAUUUAUAUAUUUUUAAGAUUUAAAAAAUUUUUUAUAGAUAAAAAUUUAAUUAUAAUUUUUUUAAAAAAUAAAAUUUAAUAAACCCAUCUAAAUUGUGACAAUAAAAGGGGGAGUAAGAGAAAAUCGAUAUGAGAAGCAAAAAAGAUCACCUAUAAUAAUGCCAUUAAGGUCAAUAACUCCAAUUGAAGAAAAAUGCUCAUCCCCGUAUACACCUCCGAAGAUUAAUUCAAUUAAGGAAGAAGCCAGAAUGAGAGAGCAUCUACACAAAUUAAAAUACGAACGCUCCAUAAUUAGAGAGGAAAUUGAAGAAAGAAUUAGAAAUAUAACCCCUAAGAAGAAAGAAGACAUAUCUUUAGAUAACAUUAGUAUGAGACUCAAUCUCCUAGAAGCCAAGCUUGUGUCAAAACUAAAAUAA